AGUCAUUCCCUUCUUUCUCUCAAAUAGAUUGCCUUCUCCCAACACAACAGUAUCAUGGACCUUGUCCAGUUCUUUGUUACAUUUUUCAGUUGCUUUCUGUCGCUACUCCUGGUUGCAGCGGUGGUGUGGAAGAUCAAACAAACCUGCUGGGCUUCACGAAGGAGAGAACAACUGAUGAGAGAGCGUCAGCAGAUGGCCAGUCGUCCAUUUGCCUCAGUUGCUGUUGCACUGGAUGCCAGGGGAGAACAAACAGAACUGUUGCAGCCUGUGGUUGAUGGUGUCCCUAAACCUGUUGCGAUGGAGCCGUGUUCAGGAGGGAAAGCUGCUGUGUUAACUGUCCUCAUGCGUCUGCCCUCUGGGCCCUCAGGCUUACCUCCACCAGGACAGUCAGGACUCAUUGUUGCCAGUGCGCUGAUAGACGUCUCGCAGCAGAAACCAACAGAUUUUAAGGACAAGUCCCAAGCGUUAAAGAACCGAAAAGCCCUUCCUCCCGCACACCAAGGCACCUGCGUCUGAGUCUCAACCCGUCAAUCCAUUGGGUUUCCUUUUUAAAAAAAUAAAAAUAAAAAAAUCCACCUGAGGUCAUGUUGCACCGACUUGUCAAAUGUCCCGGUUGGAAACCUUUCCAGAGACAAGAGAUGGCAACAUGUAGGGGAUUAUAUCAUUUGGCUGCUACCACUGAAGUUUUAGCAUCCCAAGAGCACAACUCUUGUUACCUGUUCUACAUAUGUCAUCCUCAGAAAUCCUUCUCCAACCUUCGUGACAGCAUCUUUCCCUUUAGCUUGGACAGUCAUUAUCUCAAAACUGAGUGGGAACCUGCCUGAUCAGUGAUAUCAGAGACAGAUUCAUCAGGAGGAUCUGCACCUACCGAAGCUUCAGUCGUAAAUAUUCUUGUGACACCUCAUCAUCCAUUUGCUCAGCAGGAGGGUCUGUACAUUGGGUUGUAUCAAACUGAUUUCCCUCACACUGUGCUGGGAAUUAAAACAGAAGAUGGAAAAUGGCUGGUAGAUAGCCAGUACAUGCUGCCGGGGGGGUGGGGGUGGGGGGGCAUCUGUCCUUCGUUUUGCUUGCCAACAAGUGGUAUUCUAUGGUGCUAAAGCAUUUAGUUUUCAUGACAAGCCUGACUCUUAAUUUCAGUCUCUGCUGUAUGGACUGAAUUCAUUCUGCCUUUUUUUUCUGUGUGUGUUUGGGAGGUGGGGUGGGGUGAGGUGGGGGGGCAGGCCAGGACUCUCUUUAACAUCUCACAACCAAAUGAUAGUGUUUUAACGACUAGAGUAUUUUAUCACACCCCUUCGGUUUGCCAAUUCCCAUUAAUGAUCUCUUUUAGCAUUACCUGUACAUACGUAUCAUCCACCCAGCUGAAGCUAAUGUCUGUAUUUUCUGUGGAAUACAAUGUAUAAAAUGCUGCAGAGACACGAGACUGCAAUCACUACCGGCGGCAUGUGGGUGAAAGACUGCAAAAAGUCGGAGGAGGCACGAACAAAUCAUCAGUCGUCAAAGUAGAGCAUGGAAAACACAGAAACUUAAGAAAAGUUAGAUGCAUUUUAUUAGCAAACUGGAAGUUUCAUUAGCGACAAAAAUCCAGAUUUUUUUUUUUUUUUCCCCAGUGUGCUCACUUUUGAAGAAGUUACAUAACGCAGAGAAACACUGAAGCUCUGGUAAAUUCUUUACUGUAGUUUGUAAUUGUAUCAUUUUGCUGUGCAACUUGGACAUUUGGCUUUUGAACUUGCCCUUGGAUUGAUGUGGUGGGCGGAUGCCGUUUAGGAGAAAGACGUCUGCAUAAUAAAAUUAGACCAGGGACAUCAUGCUCCUCUGGCUGUUUACUAGUUUGUUUUGUAAGUUUUUUUAAGAGUCCUCUGAAGCUAUGACUUUAUUUCCAUCUUUGAGUACAAGGAGUUACGUUACCUUUUAUAUAAUGCCUUGGCUUUCCAUGAAGUCCUAUGGAAUGGGGGAGUGAGGGGGGGCAUGUUGAUCUGCAGAAAUUUUCAAAGCUGUCGACCAUUUUUAGCCCCGACUCCAUCCCGAGCUGUACAGUGUCUUAUCUCUUAUCUCUCGAGAUUUCAUGUGUUUGUCAGGUUUUUAUGACAGAAUGGCAAGAGAUUAUCAUUUAUUUUAGGCCUUGUCACCUGUUACUAUAUCUAUGAUAAAUUGUAAGUCUUUUGCUACACUUGUGAAAAGAGCAUUUCUGUUAAUAUUUUUUGUUUUGAUAUUUAACAGAUUCCUGUGUAAUAGCGCAUUUAACUUGAUUUUAUUCUCAACUUAAAUCAGUCGUUUUAAUGUCAACUCUUUUUGAAUGGUGCAUCUUUAAAGACUUUAUGGGCAUUGUCUUGCUUUUUGUUGCAAAGUGGUCAUUAUGAUGCAUUUCAUAAGGGUAGUAUGCCAGCUAAUGUGUUUUUAUUUUGUGUUUGUAGAGUAAUCCUUUAACAGUGUCAUUACACAGGAAUCAGGGUCUCACUGUACCGUGAAAAAAUAUGAGAAACUGCAUAUCAGUAAUCUUCAGUGUAUUUUAAAGAUGGACAACAUGCCAGAAAAUAAAAAAAAAACAGACCUGAGAAUCAUUUGUACAGCACAUCUCUUGU